AUGUUUUGGCACCGUGCAAUCGCGAUUGCGCUGUGUGCCAGUGCUUUCACCUUGUCAGCUGCAGCACCAGACAGUACUGCGGACGCAUUAGCCAGAAUCCCACCAUGCGGACUUGAAUGUAUCGCGGAGAAGUUGCCUCUCAUCGGUUGUGGUCUUCUCGACUUUGAGUGCCAAUGCAACUCCAAAAACUCGACCGCAAUCCUGCAACCGUGCUUGCUGGACAAGUGUACGUUUGAUGAAACGUUUGAAAUCCUUCGAGCACAAGCCGAUCUCUGCAAUCGACCACACGAUUCGUAUACACGGCUCAUGAUGGCCACAGCAUAUGUAACAGGCAUAAUACCUGUCGUUGCUAUUGCUAUGCGCUUCGCAUCGCGUUGGGUCGGUGGCAAUCACUUCUGGUGGGACGAUUGGAUCCAUCUGGUAUCAGCUAUGUUGUGUGUUCCGCUCAUGGUCUGCUUCAUACUCAACGUUGAUGCGGGAGUCGGCAAGCAUCUUUGGGACUUGACGUAUCAACGUGUAUACGACAUCGGGCUGUGGACCUACAUCAUCACCAUUCUUUGGGCAGUCGAGAUGUUGCUACUCAAGUACAGCAUAUUAUGCUUGUAUCUCCGCAUCUUUCCGAACAUAUGGUUGAAGCGGGCUGUCUUUGCCUUCAUGGCCUUCACAGCUUGCUUUACACUUCCCCUCAUCUUCACAGCAGCUAUCCGGUGCAAUCCGGUCCGGGCUCAGUGGGAUCUCGAGGCCGCAAAGACAGCAAAGUGCCUCGACUGGCUCAUCAUCCUGAAGUUGUCAGUUGUCUACGAGAUCAUUGCAGAGGUCGUCCUGUUCGCCCUUCCCGUUCCGAUCGUGCUCAAGCUGCAAAUGGCGACCGCAAAGAAGAUUGAGCUCCUCAUGUUCUUUGGUGUUGGUUUGCUUCUUAUCGGCGUCGCAAUUGCACGCGUGCCCUUCUUGAAGGGUGUUGUAGAUCAGAGCGACCAGACCUACACCAUCGUCGCCUCAUCUAUGAGUACCUUUAUUGCUAGCGGCCUCGGUCACGUCUGCGCUGCAGUCCCCACAAUACAGGCGUUGAUACGAUUCGUCAUCAAUGGCUUCAAGAACAAGACCCAAGCAGCCUCAAGCUAUGGCCAGAGUGGUCGGUCAUACGAAUCAAGCAAAAAGAAGAGCUACAGGUCGUUGGAAGACAAGAAGAGCGCCUGCUCAAGCUACUCAGGCGCCACAUUCAAGGUAUCAAAGCAACGAAGCAAGGACGGCAGCAAGGACCCGUACAGACUCUCGACACAAAACUUCACGAGGUUCGAGUGUGAUGGUGAUGAAGUGGGUGAAGAACGUUCCAUGGAGCUGCAACCAGCGGAGACCUUCGUCACCAAGCACACUUCCGGUCAGGCGGGAGAAUCGCAGAGUCAUGACAGCGGAGAACAACCCGCCACCGUUGUCGUGUCCAGUUCUGUUCUUGAGGAUUCAGCGUCCGACAAAGCUAUAUUAGACAGGGAGUACGUAAAGAGUACUUGA